GGGUGAGCCAAGACGGUGCUCCACGCAUCCUUACACUCUCGCCGUUGGACAUCUUAACUAGCCAACUAUUGCCUUCCUGCACGUGUAGCACUUCAAAUGAAACGAGUGCUCGGGUACUCGCAUACACUUUAAGAUUAAUGUACAUAGAGAGCUCAGGUCAGCAGAUCACGCGCUAACCUGCAACUGCUGGUUGCAAAAGGAUCUUACCCAGCGGUGACGGAGCAAGUUCCAUUCCAGUUAUUAGCACAAUCAUAGAAUGAUAAUCCAUCGGAUGCAUUUGCUGUAGGUGCAGGUGUGCGUCCUAGGCGAACUCAUACUCAAAAAACUUAUCGAAACACGAACAACCACCCUUCUUCUCUACUAAACCUCCCUCUCAACCAGUAGUAGCACGCUCAUUGAUGAUAACGGAAGCAACAACUACUAGCAGACUAUCGUAGCCUUUUUUCUAGCCAACUUUAUAUACAAUAAUGGUAGCUCUCGCGAUCUUCUGCGAACCCCGUUGGCGAAGCUCAUCACUUCGGUAUCGGUGGCAGAAUGGAUGGAAGAAUCAAUCAUCAAUCAAUGGCAAAAGGAUCUCUCGCGAGAACGUAUGUGAGUGUAUGUGUGUGUGUCUGUGUGUUUGUGCGUGCGCGAUGGAAUGAGUGACUGGCCACCAGAACAAACAGUAUUUUGUGAAUAUUCUAUUGCGUCUAGAGGUACGGUCGGAUCGAAUGUACGCGUGUGCCCUCGUGUAUGACUGAGUUUGUGAGCAUGAGUGCGUGCAUGUGUUUGAGGGCCAGCGAGCGUUAACUUUUAAGCUGUAAAUUUUCACAAACUGCAGAUAUUUUCUUAUGAAUGAAUAAUGACUACUAGAAAGCCGCCGGACGCAUUGCCACGUCGCAAGACGGAAACGGUUUUUCGAUAAGAAACCGGCGCACUCUCUAUCACUCUCUGUCUCUCUUUCUCUUUCUCUUUCUCUCUCUCUCUUCUCUCUACCUUCUCCAUCCUUGCUCCACCCACCUUUACACUCAUCCCCACACUACACCCCUACCCCUGUGCUAUCAGAGGGUACCACUCUCUCUACCAUCACUCUACCACUAUCCGGUCUGACCACCAUUUUCUACUUCUCCCUACUAGUUACUGUACAAAGGGUACACACAAUCUUGGGAUGAACUUUACCGUAGAAAUAACCUAGCGAGAGUCGAGACAUCGAGUAUCGUAUCGGCCAUAUAGCUGUGUAGCUGUGACUGGUAAUUAAUGUGUGUGUGUGUGUGUUUAUAUGCGUAGCAAGGUAGAACAAGAACAGGAAUUUCGUGGCUAACGAGCGCUUUCGCUAGGCGCCUUCGAAGUAUUGGAUUUGUUAGUAAGGAAUUGAUUCCAUUUUCAGUGCAGAGAUACGCACUUGUUACUUGGUUGGUGCUAGUUCUACGUUAGUGUGUCUGUUGAUCACUUUGUUAAUAUGUUGUGCCGGAUGUGCAUGGUAAAACCGUUUAUUCGAUUCCAGUGUUCAAUCAUCGCUUAUCUCUUACUAAAAUGACGCGAUCGUGUUGUAGUGAAUCAUAUUGUUAUUCGAAUUUUCUCGCAAAACCUGAACAUAAAGUGCGCGCGCUUGGUAUGUCAUGUUGUCUACUUGCUUGCGAGCUAGUUGGGCACAUUUCCAACAAUACGGGUAAACUAUCGUUUAGCUUUUUCCGAUCGAGCCUCGGUUUCGCUGCGUCUGCGUUCAAAUGAUCAUUUUGCCAGAUUGAUAAAACUGUAAACAAGCUCAUCCAUCAACUGCUCCUACUCCUAAACGGAGACACAGUCAACCAAAGGCCGGCGACCGAUGCCGAAUGCAUAAUCACAAUCCAUACUCAACAGAAAGAUAGUAAAUGUCGAGCUUAGAUGUGCUAAACCAAUAAUAGUUACAAAAUGCAAACUAAAAACAAAACCAUGAGUAGCUUGUAUAGGCUACUGCGAUCUACGAGCCGCUGACUAUGCUGCUCGCAGGAUCAUCAAUGCACUGGAAACCGGCUUUACUCGUACUAAGCAGUGUGCGUGCACGGCUGCACGCGCAGCGGCAGGCAUUGGGGGUACUGGUGGUGAGAUUCGUUGAGAUAACGCACGGUUGUACAUUCACUAUCUCGCUAUCCCACUAGCUAGCUAUCACUGGCGGCCCUUCCCUCGCUUUUCGCGCCGCCGUGUUGCUAAAAGCAUAAGAAUCCCACAUUGCCACCUCUGACAAGCUUUAAUGUGCGAGUGCGAGCCCCCUAGGCGUUAACUCACUCGCAGCAGAAAAACACUUUCAAAACCAAACGAAAAACCAAAGCGAUAACUAAUAAGUGUAUCAUUUCUCGAUGUACCUUAAGAAGCCGGAUGAACCGCAACUGGUCUCAUCGAUGGUGUGGUAGCGGUCAGCGGUAGUGGCGGCUGCGGAAGCGCACUCUAGGCUUCUCUUUCGCAUCUUUUCACUCUAUAAAGCGUGCUGCUAGCACAGUGAAAGUGCCGUUAGGGUUGCUACCACUCUGCGGCUUCGUUUUUAAUCAUAUUUUUACCAAUGAACAACAUUAUGCUGAUCGAACAAAGAUAGGUUCUCUCCAAGAUAGAAGGAUAAGAAGCGACGACCGAAGGUGUGAUUUUGUAAUGAUAAACUAACGGAGGGAGGGGCUCAUUCACCUCGUGUACCAUUAGCACAAAAUUCAAAACCCCCCUCUCCCCGUUCUAUUACGAUAAUGAUAAAAAUAGAGCUGACACUUUAGGGAUGCAAACCUUAUACAGUAGUAGUACCAUGCUAGUCUAACCUUCUAUAGAAUGCGUAGUGCGGUACCCUCUUAUAGGCAGCCUUUUCUAGAACGAAUUCGGAAAAUUUUCUGUCCAUACUAGAGGGAAAGAGUUCUCCGAGAAAUGCGGAACAAUUUUGUACAAAAAACUGGUCAACAAAAAUGGACAUUUAAAAUUUAAAAUAAACACUCUCCAUACACACGCGCACACACACGCUGUGUCGUAGCCAAUUUAAAGAUAGUAGUCAAAGCACAACCUCAACCCACAUCAUUCAAUCGUAGUAGUUCGCCCCAACCACAGCAACUGAUAGCGGCGUAACUCUCCUUAAUCAUCACUUCAAACACCGAUGCACGUGUAUGCGUAGUAGCCCAGUUAGCAACAGCAGCAGCCACAGCAGCAACAGCACCCCUCUCACCACAGACUUAUUCUAGUUGAAAAAGGUUCAUAAAACACAAAAAGUCAUGUAAUAACCGAUAUGUAUCAAAUUCGUAGCAGCAGUACCUCGUAGAAGUGACAUCAGUGUACCACGUCGCACCAUUCGUUACUCGUACCAUUUAGAGCCCAUUUUAUAUUCUCACUUACACACAUACACACACACACACCCACAGACCCACAUAUAGAUAACCCUUCUCACAUCCUUGUGCGUGCGGCCAGAGAACCAAGUACUAAUCUACUAUUCAUCCAUCCUGGCGCAUGUUAGACGAGAUCAAAGGAGGUGUUGUUGAUCAUAUUUUUAACCUAAAUCUACCAGCAGCCAGAGUAGCGUAGCAUCUCACCUGCACACUAAAACUGUCAGGGACCGGGGAAGGACAGGACUGUCGCAACUUUAUACGUAUUUUCCGUAACAUCCGGUCCACCAUCCACAGUAGAGCGGGGCCUGCUGAAAUCAUUGUAGCUGCAAGCAGACGCAGGGUUUUUGGGGGCCGAAACGAUUGGUUUCCGUUCUCUAUUUUUGCCCUAUUGCUUUCAUCCUAUUGCGAUGCAUUUCAUUGUUGAAGAUCAAAGAAUUUACUGAAACGUUGUACAACUACAGACAAAGCUACUAUAUAUAUAUAUUUGUAACUGCUAGCAUGCUGUCCUGCUGACGAUGAACUGCUAAGGUGCGUGCGUGUGUGUGUAUUUAUAUAUUUAUAUAUAUUAUAUAUGUAUGUGUGUGUGUUCAUAGGAUCGAUUGUUCAGUUUACUGUGGUUCAGUCGAUCGGGCAAGCAUGACUAUAGGAUAUGGCGGUGGGCGGGAUGAUGGGAAGAAGAAGCGAAAACCUAUUGCGGAAUCAACAAACAAACAAAAAAUGAGGAAAUCAACGCAUAAGACUUAUAAACGUAUUUUAACGAAUAAAAACGACGAGUCAGUCGGUUCGCGCUGGGCGACGAAUGUUGGCGUUCGUUUGCUGUCGCCAGCAUGCUCGACAAUUUGACGGAGGGAACGCAAUGGUGUACGCAAACUAGCCUGUGGACUGUGAGAUCAGUAUUUUGGAACAUUAUCAAAGUAUAAAAUAAAACCAACAAAACGAUAUCUGUUCUAACU